UGUUUCUCCACCUCUACAUUUAAAAGCUUGAUUUCCCGGAUUAUUACUGUUUGAACUUGGAAAAUCCGUGGAGGCGAAGGAAAUGAGCGAGAACACGGGCUUCAUCAGUGUGCCCUGGAAGCAGCACCGGCUGGGCGCUAUGUACAAUAGGCCGUUUCCCUCGAUUAGCCACCCGGAGUGCAUCGGCGUGUGCAGCAUAAACGCUAGCCGGGAAUAUGUGGACGACGCCAGCUGCGCCAGCUACUUGGCUGGUCAACCGUGGCCACCGCUGCCGUUCGAUCUUAACGGGGGUAUAGAGGAUGUGAUCCGCAAGCCCGUCGAGAACGGCAAACGUGAUCUGGAAAAUAUGCUGCUCUACAUCAAGCAUCACCAGAAGGAGCUGCUCCUCCAGGGGAGCUCCGAUGCAGGAUAUCUACGGCUGGACAGCGACUUUGUAACGCUGCGCGGCAUUUUGCGGCAGAUAAUGUGCCUCCAGUAUGAUAAUCGCACUUUCCGCGUCAAGGCGACGCUCCUGAACGGCAACAUCUACAUGUGCAAGGAGGAAACCUUAGAGCAGCAGCUGGAGAACGCGAACAUGACCAAGGCACAGCGGGACAUGUGCUCCUGGGGCUUCAAGUUCGAGCAGUACCUGACCAGUGCCCAGGCGCAGGGCAAACCGGUGACCAAUGUGCCGGUCAACGAGGCAGAGGAGUUCAUGGGCGUGUUCCACACUAAUCUGGCCGGGAUUUCGAUGCUAUACGGCGCCGAAUUGGACUGUGUGGACAGCAUGGAGCCAGUUGACUUCAAAGAUCGCAAAGUGCUCGAAUCCUUGAAAUUCGUGGAGCUGAAGACCAGCGCCUUGAAUAUGAACAAGUACCAAACGCGCAGCUUCAAUUCGUUCAAGUCUGCUAACUGGUGGAGUCAGUCAUUCCUGGUGGACAUCACGACGCUCUACGUGGGACUGCGCGACACCAAGGGCAUGAUGCAGAAGAUCGAUAAGAUCGAUGUGCCCACACUGACCCGCAACAAGCCGUGGAGUCCAUCGGCAAUGGUUUGGUACCUGGAACAGUUUCUGCACAAUCUUAAGAAGCUGCUGCUGACCAUUAACGAUCCGUUUGCGGUGGUCCAGGUGACUUUUAGCGAUAAGCGCGCCAACUACGAAGUGCUGCGCGGUGCGGAACACCAAAUACUGCCCGACUGGUAUCGAGAUUUGCUCAAAACGUGCACCUAAGGGAUUUCCAAUUUAUGACAUUUCCUUAACAACAGCAAGUCUGAUUUAAUCAUGCUUUCUUUAAUGCUUCUCGUACGAUAUAUACAACCCGACUUAGAACUACUGAA